AAAAAAGUGGCAUUUUCUGGCGUUCCGUUGUAUUGGCCAAGGCCAGUCGUCCAAACCUCCAAACUAAUAAUUUUAGGGUUUGAGAGUGUAAUCGGAGAGGGAAGAAGAUGAGCGAAACGACAACAAGACCAGUGCCGAGGAGAGAAAGUCCAUGGGGAUUGUCCGGAGAAAAUCAUCCUGAGCCCAUAGCUCAUCGGUGCAAUGAUCGCAUUGAAGAUGUUAUCCAAGCUUGUUUUGAAGGCAAUCCGUUUAUGACUGUCCCUGGACCUUUUAAGCUCUUUUGGCAAUGCAUGCGCUCCAAACCUGGGGAGGAACCGACUGUGCCGUACACUUAUUUGCAGAUAGAUCCGCCUAAGAGAGAGGUGAAACUCGAGUGAAUUCGCUUAUUACUACAUUGCUUCUGCGACGGAUGUCGUCGUGUUUUUUUUUAUUUGAAUGGUGUAGAAUUCCUAGUUAUUUGAUUUAGCCAUCAAUGUAGUCAUAUGAAUGAGUAAUAAUGUAUAAAUUUGGAGAGCUACAUACAUAUUCAUGAUCUAUUCUUUAACAAAGUGUGUCGUAUGGAAAUUUCUCCAAUGUUGUUUUGGCA